GAGCCGGACCAGAGCCCCCGUCCCCCGGGAAGGAUCAGGAUGGCCAACCAGGACAAGCAUCUGCUGAUCAACUUGAACAGGAACACGAACUAUGCCGAUGUGGUGGUAGAUAUUGGGAAAAUACUUGUUGGAGAGAGUUACAGAAAGAAGAUGACCUCUUUGAAUCAGAAAAGGAAAAAAAGGGACCUUUCCAUAGCAGUGUGUGCAUUGCUGAAUUCAGGAGGAGGAAUAGUGAGGAUGGAGAGUGAGGACAGGAAUUACUGCUUCCAGGAGCAUGGCAUUGGUCUGGACAUUGAGAACAGCCUCCGGGAUUGCAUUGGCAGCAAGGAGAUCGGCGAAUACUUCACAUGGAUGCAGGAGGGGAAUAACUUGCUGCUCUUUGUUAAAACAUGGAGCUGUGGAGGCCUGGAACAAGGAAGUGCAGAAGCCACCAAGUCGCGUCUCUGCAGCCUGAGCACUGGUUUGUUUUGUAGGUCUGGUACUUCCGUUUUCCCUGUCAAUUCAAGAGAUGCCCCUGAAUUCCUGAGGGGGAAGAAAAGCUCUGCCAAGGGCAACAGUGUGAAUGGGCAGAGUGCCAAGAGAACUCUGCUGAGUUUUUUUGAUGGAGCAAAUGAGACUUCUCUGAACAUUCAGGAGCACGACAUCCAAGAUGCUGCAGCCAGGUUUCUAAAGAGAGACAAAGUGCUGGUUGGGGAGGUCCUGGGUUUCACAGAGACAACUCAUAUUGAAUUUAAGCAAUACAGUACAGAGAAUGUCUUGGAAUACAUGAGCAAAAACCUUCCUAAAUAUGUCUCUGCCUUUGCAAACACUGAGGGUGGAUAUUUAUUUUUUGGUGUGGAUGACAAUGGUAAAGUCAUCGGAACCCACAGUAAUGUGGAGAAAGAAGCCUUAGAACAAGCAGUGGCCGAGACCAUCAGCUCGAUGUCUGUCCAUCACUCCUGUGGCUCUGAGGCUCUGGGAGUGCAGUUCCAGACACACAUCCUGGAUGUUUAUGACCAAGCAGGAUGUGCACAGGGCUACAUCUGUGCUGUGCACGUUGAACAGUCCUGCUGCCCUGUGUUCCAUGGUGACCCCGAAUCCUGGAUGGUGAUGGGUGGCAAGAUUGAAAGACUCAGAGCUGGGAAAUGGAUGGAGCUCAUGACAGCUUCAGACCCAGUUGUGUCAGCUUUGGCUGAUGAAUUUAAGACAGAGCUCAGCUUGGCAAAUGGCCCUCCUCUGGUCAAGCCAGUUUAUUCCAAAGCUGGUCUACAGUGUGCAGCUGAACUCCAAGAACAUCUCUACCCAGUGGGUUCUAAUGAAAUCAAAUGGAAGCCAGAAACCAUCUGCACCGACCUGUUCUCAGAGUACCCUGGAUUAGAGGAUUUAAUGAGAAAACAACUCCGUGGAAUUACCCAGGGGUUACUGAUAUUUUCAAGGAGUUGGGCUGUUGACAUUGGCUUGCAGAAAAACCAGGAUGUUGUGUGUGAUGCUCUCUUAGUAGCUGACAGUGAGUAUCCAGUGUUGUUUACUGUGGUCAGGGACGCCUCGUGUGUCACAUCUGGAACCUGGAGAGAAACUGCUCGUGCCUUGAAGCAAAAGCUAGUCAAUGAUGGGGGAUAUACUCCAAGAGUGUGUGUGAUUCCCCAGAUCCUGCUGCUGAAUGGCACAGAGGACCAGACAGCAGUUAAAGAGAAUGAGGUUCCCCGUCAAGAAACCCUGCAUGAUUCCACCAGCCCUUACCCAAAGAGUUACAUCCUCACCUCCAGGGACAUCCCUGCCUUCCUGCGGGCACUUGUGAUUGUUGUGCUGGGCUUUAAGUCCUACUUAUGUGACCAUCUUGGCUGUGAGAUUUUCAGCCUUCUCACUCUCAAACAGUAUGAGCUGCUCUCCAAGAACCUGCACAAAGUCAGGAAGCUGUUUGUCCUUGGUCUUCCUGGGACAGGAAAAACAGUCGUGGCUUUGAAGAUCAUUGAGAAAAUAAAAAACACUUUUCACUGUUGUGCGGACGAGAUACUUUAUAUUUGUGAAAAUCAACCCUUGAGGGAUUUUGUGAGAAAUAAGAACUGCCAGGCUGUGACACGUGCUACCUUCCUGGAAAAGGACUUCCCACACGUGAAACACAUCGUGGUUGAUGGAGCUCAGAAUUUUCGUCGUGAUGAAGGAGAUUGGUACCAACGCGCCCGGUCAAUAGUCAAAAGAAGUGGUGGCAUUUUCUGGGUCUUUCUGGAUUUCUUCCAGACCACUUACCCAUAUGACUGUGGUCUUGACUUUUCAAAAAUGGAUCCUCAGGAAUGGCUGACCAAAAUGGUCCGGAAUGCCAAGGAAAUAUGCUGUUUCAUGUUAAAUCUAAUGAGGAAAAUCCACCGAACACGUAACAUUGGUAUGCCCUAUGAAGUGCUGGAGGAGUUGUUGAAACAGGCUGAAUGUGCCCAUUCUUUGCCAGGUUCCUUUAGAGAACAAAAUAUAAGACCAGAUGAAUUGGCAAAGCAUGUGGCCGAGCUCUGCAAGAGCUACCUCGAUCAAGGCUAUUCCCUCGGAGAUAUGGCCAUCCUGUGCAGCACACAGCCUGCAGCCGAGCAGUUCAGACGAGAACUGCAACCUGAGCUAGAAAGACAACUAAGCAAGUCCAGGGUGAGGGGGACCUUGUGGUUAGCAGAGGAUGUUUCCAAAGACGUCAUUGUCCUUGACAGCAUCCGACGCUUCUCAGGCCUGGAAAGGACGAUUGUCUUUGUCAUCGACCCUUACACUCCAAUAGAGCACAUAUUUGACAAUCUUGUGCUCUGUGCAGUGUCCAGAGCCAACACCAAAGUCCAUUUGAUCAGGAUGGCCAACCAGGACAAGCAUCUGCUGAUCAACUUGAACACGAACACGAACUAUGCCAAUGUGGUGGUAGAUAUUGGGAAAAUACUUGUUGGAGAGAGUUACAGAAAGAAGAUGAAUGAGAAUGAGAAUGAGAAUCAGAAUCAGAAUGAGAAUCAGAAUCAGAAUCAGAAUCAGAAAAAGAAAAGAAGGGACCUUUCCAUAGCAGUGUGUGCAUUGCUGAAUUCAGGAGGAGGAAUAGUGAGGAUGGAGAGUGAGGACAGGAAUUACUGCUUCCAGGAGCAUGGCAUUGGUCUGGACAUUGAGAACAGCCUCCGGGAUUGCAUUGGCAGCAAGGAGAUCGGCGAAUACUUCACAUGGAUGCAGGAGGGGAAUAACUUGCUGCUUUUUGUUAAAACAUGGAGCUGUGGAGGCCUGGAACAAGGAAGUGCAGAAGCCACCAAGCCACGACUCUGCAGCCUGAGCACUGGUUUGUUUUAUCGGUCCAGUACUUCCGUUUUCCCUGUCAAGUCAAGAGACACUCCUAAAUUCCUGAGGGGGAAGAAAAGCUCUGCCAGGUGCGACAAUGUGGGUGGGCUUAGUGCCAAGAGAGCUCUGCUGAGUUUUUUUGAUGGAGCAAAUGAGACUUCUCUGAACAUCCAGGAGCCUGACUUCCAAGAUGCUGCAGCCAGGUUUCUAAAGAGAGACAAAGUGCUGGUUGGGGAGGUCCUGGGUUUCACAGAGACAACUCAUAUUGAAUUUAAGCAAUACAGUACAGAGAAUGUCUUGGAAUACAUGAGCAAAAACCUUCCUAAAUAUGUCUCUGCCUUUGCAAACACUGAGGGUGGAUAUUUAUUUUUUGGUGUGGAUGACAAUGGUAAAGUCACCGGAACCCACAGUAAUGUGGAGAAAGAAGCCUUAGAACAAGCAGUGGCCAAGACCAUCAGCUCGAUGUCUGUCCAUCACUCCUGUGGCUCUGAGGCUCUGGGAGUGCAGUUCCAGACACACAUCCUGGAUGUUUAUGACCAAGCAGGAUGUUCACAGGGCUACAUCUGCGCUGUGCACGUUGAACAGUCCUGCUGCCCUGUGUUCCAUGGUGACCCCGAAUCCUGGAUGGUGAUGGGUGGCAAGAUUGAAAGACUGAGAGCUGGGAAAUGGAUGGAGCUCAUGACAGCUUCAGACCCAGUUGUGUCAGCUUUGGCUGAUGAAUUUAAGACAGAGCUCAGCUUGGCAAACGGCCCUCCUCUGGUCAAGCCAGUUUAUUCCAAAGCUGGUCUGCAGUGUGCAGCUGAACUCCAAGAACAUCUCUACCCAGUGGGUUCUAAUGAAAUCAAAUGGAAGCCAGAAACCAUCUGCACCGACCUGUUCUCAGAGUACCCUGGAUUAGAGGAUUUAAUGAGAAAACAACUCCGUGGAGUUACCCAGGGGGUACUGAUAUUUUCAAGGAGUUGGGCUGUUGACAUUGGCUUGCAGAAAAACCAGGAUGUUGUGUGUGAUGCUCUCCUAGUAGCUGACAGAGAGUAUCCAGUGUUGUUUACUGUGGUCAGGGACGCCUCGUGUGUCACAUCUGGAACCUGGAGAGAAACUGCUCGUGCCUUGAAGCAAAAACUAGUCAAUGAUGGGGGAUAUACUCCAAGAGUGUGUGUGAUUCCCCAGAUCCUGCUGCUGAAUGGCACAGAGGACCAGACAUCAGUUAAAGAGAAUGACGUUCCCUGUCAAGAAACCCUGCAUGAUUCCACCAGCCCUUACCCAAAGAGUUACAUCCUCACCUCCAGGGACAUCCCUGCCUUCCUGCGGGCACUUGUGAUUGUUGUGCUGGGCUUUAAGUCCUACUUAAGUGACUAUUUUGGCUGUGAGAUUUUCAGCCUUCUCACUCUCAAACAGUAUGAGCUGCUCUCCAAGAACCUGCACAAAGUCAGGAAGCUGUUUGUCCUUGGUCUUCCUGGGACAGGAAAAACAGUCGUGGCUUUGAAGAUCAUUGAGAAAAUAAAAAACACUUUUCACUGUUGUGCGGACGAGAUACUUUAUAUUUGUGAAAAUCAACUCUUGAGGGAUUUUGUGAGAAAUAAUGACUGCCAGGCUGUGACACGUGCUACCUUCCUGAAAAAGAACUUCCCACACGUGAAACACAUUGUGGUUGAUGAAGCUCAGAAUUUUCGUCGUGAUGAAGGAGAUUGGUACCAACGCGCCCGGUCAAUAGUCAAAAGAAGUGGUGGCAUUUUCUGGGUCUUUCUGGAUUUCUUCCAGACCACUUACCCAUAUGACUGUGGUCUUGACUUUUCAAAAAUGGAUCCUCAGGAAUGGCUGACCAAAAUGGUCCGGAAUGCCAAGGAAAUAUGCUGUUUCAUGUUAAAUCUAAUGAGGAAAAUCCACCGAACACGUAACAUUGGUAUGCCCUAUGAAGUACUGGAGGAGUUGUUGAAACAGGCUGAAUGUGCCCAUUCUUUGCCAGGUUCCUUUAGAGAACACAAUAUAAGACCAGAUGAAUUGGCAAAGCAUGUGGCCGAGCUCUGCAAGAGCUACCUCGAUCAAGGCUAUUCCCUCGGAGAUAUGGCCAUCCUGUGCAGCACACAGCCUGCAGCCGAGCAGUUCAGAGAGAAACUGCCAUGUGAGCUAGCAAGACAACUAAGGAAGCGCAGGGUGAGGGGGGCUUUGGGGUUAGCAGAGGAUGUUUCAAAAAAUGUCAUUGUCGUUGACAGCAUCCGACGCUUCUCAGGCCUGGAAAGGACGAUUGUCUUUGUCAUCGACCCUUACACUGUGCAAGGGCAGAUAUUUGACAAUCUCGUGCUCUGUGCAGUGUCCAGAGCCAACACCAAAGUCCAUUUGUUUAAUUGGAAGGAAAGAUAUUUUUAAGAGGACAGUUUCUAUGGCUCUAGACGCUGGAAAGUUUCACUCAUUUAGUGUGAUAUCAGUGACAUCAGAGAGCAGCCUGGCAGAAACACAGCAUCACAAUCAGCAGCUGCAAUGGGUCACCGAGAUUUCCUCAUUCUAACAGGACUCCUGAAAGGUUCAAGUCCAGCAGCUGCUGCAACAGAGUGUGUUGUUGACAGCCCAGUUCUUACUGUCAUGAGAAAUGUGACAUCAGCAGUGU